AUGGAAGGAAAGAUGGUUAUAGCAUAUAUGUGGGUCUGGGUCCUCAUGGGCCUCCUCAAUCCUACACCCACCGUUCGUGCAUACUUCGUAGAGGAGGACUACACCGCCGCUGACUACACGAAGACUAACCGGCAGUUCUUUGUCCAGGACACUUUGAGCGGUAAAAACCCUUCUGCAGUCCGGGUAGCUGGUACUGCCAGUCAGAGCAAAUCAUCCACUAAUCCAAUACCGUUCGGCACCGUGUUCGCCAUCGAUGAUCCCCUGACGGAUACUGCAGACCCAAAUUCGAAUGUCAUCGGGAACGUGCGCGGUCUCUACCUCUCCUCCAGCCAGAACAGCAGCGACCCAACCUUGGUGAUGUACCUUGAUUUUGCUUUAGAUGAAUUUAGUGGGAGUUCUUUCAGCGUGUUCUCAAGGAAUCCAGUGUCUGAGAACCCUAGAGAGUUGGCAGUGACGGGAGGGAGAGGGAAGUUCAGGAUGGGCAAGGGGUUUGCAUGGGUUCAAACGUUUAAGCGGGAUCCCAGUACCUUUGAUGCAGUUCUUCAGUACAAUGUGACAGUGUACGCUCCGGUACAGAAGUAG